CUAUGAUCACUCUACCUCUGGAGAAAAUGGCUACUCGAGUUACCGGAUCACUCUGUCUUGUUACUGGACUUGGGGAGGAGAUGAUCGUUCCCAGCAUGAAAGAGUAUGAAGAGAGGGCAGUAUCACUGGCCUUGAGUCGCCCAAAGCUUCAAGCUCUCACUAAUAAGCUUAAGUCUGUUCGCAUGACUUGCCCUUUAUUUGACACAACUCGCUGGGUGAGGAAUCUUGAAAGAGGAUAUUUUAAAAUGUGGAAUCUACAUUGCUCUGGUCAACGUCCCCAACAUUUCCAGGUCACCAAAAAUGAUCUUGAAUAUCCUUAUGAUAGAUAGAUAGAUAGA